AUGGUGAUUGCUAAAGCGCUUGAAGCCGCCAAAUGGACAGCUGAAACUGUUCGCGGAACAGUUGUCGCUGCCGCUUCACCAAACGCUGCCAUCCCAGCCACCGACUUGCACCCACGUAUGCCAGCUCGACCAUGGAGCGCACAAGAAUACUUGAGAAUGUGGUCGUGGCGCCAUAACUGGAAAUAUCUUCCAGUUUUCCGUUUCUACAUUUAUUCCGGAGUUAUCCUCUAUGGAGUUUACAAAUUCGUUCUUCCAAGUGAGUUUUUUGUAUAAAUAUAAAGUAUUUAAAAUUUAUUUUAGUUAAUCAGUUCAAAGGUCAUAGUCAUUUUUACUUCACAAAUUCAAGCCUAAAAAAUUUAAACAACUAUCAAAAAUAUGGUUCCCCUCUAAUGACCAACAUAAUCUUCAUGGGUUAUAAUUUUUGAAUAUCUCAUUUCACUUAUAAUAUUUUUGUUUUAGUCAAGCCACGUCACAUGAUCCAAUACACCAAAGGAAAGGAAGACCAUCACCACCACGAAGUCGAACACUGGUACGGAAUCCGCCAAAAGUUGGCUGACAAGGAAUACUUCAAGAAAUACAACCCACUCAAGAAAGCCGGAGAAAUCGAAGUCGGACACCACUAA